AUUCCAGUUGAAGAUCGUGGAAACAUCACCGCUGUGAACACCUCUAAAAUCAGAUUCAAGAUUUCCUUCCAUCAUUCUACCACUGCUGAUAAUGUGAGCGAAUACCCAGCCAUUCCCAGAUAUGGUCCUGCAAGCCCAUUUAAAGGACAUUUAAGUACUCAGAGUAAUGCUUUUUGCAUUGGCUCCUCCCGGAGACUAAAUAACCAGUACCUGAUCAGGGAUCACAUGGCUGUUCAUUAUAACAAAAUUCUUUCAGCCAAAGCAGCCGUAGACUGUUCAGCACCAAAAAGCAGGCUAACCAGCAUCAAAUUUGCAGACCAGCAACGGAGAGAGAGACUGAAGAAGGAAAUUGCCAGGUGUGAGAGAGAGAUAAGCUCAGCAAAAAAUGCCUCACGGUCCAGCUCCAGAGGUAGUGGGAGGCCACUGUCAUCUACUUUUAUAAAGAAUUCAUUUGAAGCAGAAGCAAAUGACCAGCUAUCACCUCAGGCACAAAAUGUGCAGAAGUAUUUGUCUAGAUCAUUAUUAUCUUCGGAUAGGCAAGGCCUGGAUCUUCCCAACCCUGCAAAAUGUGCUAGAAAAGAUACUCGGAAAAUAUCUAACGCCUCAACCUCUAAUUCAAAUGCUUCAAGUCCGCAAAGAAAAUACUCUGGACUUUCAUACAGUUCCUCUGCUGAAAGUGUUAUGAACAUCAGUCAUUCUCACAACCAUCGGAGUACUGAAUCCAAAGUGUACACUGGGGAUCUCUUAGAUAGACAUUCUGACCACUUUACUGACUGUCACCAACCAUUCACUCCACGCACCUUAAAAUCAGAUGCUAAAUCCUUCCUGUCACAGUAUAGGUAUUAUACUCCCGCUAAAAGAAAAAGGAAGGACCCCCCCAAGCAGCAAGUGGAAGCAGAAACACAAACGGACUUAAGCAGUUUUCAAUCUGAGAGAAGAGAAAAAGAGAGAAAAGAUACUACCGUGCUGCAAAAGAUCAUAACACAGGCUAAAGACACGUCUGCUCCAGCUGAGUCUAAGGAAAGAAUGGAUGCUCUUCAGUACUCCUUUCCAAGCAUGACUUCCCUUUUAUCUAUGGAAACAUCAUCAAUGAGAAAAAUCCAGGCUGAAGAAGAAGAGCUUCAGUAUUUGAGUUUCAUUGAAGAUGUAACAGAUGAAAUUCUGAAGCUUGGAUUAUUUUCCAACAGGGUUUUGGAGAGAUUGUUUGAGCGUCAUGUAGAGCAAAACAAGCAUCGUUUGAAUGAGAAUAAAAUGCGCCACCUACUGGAUCUCCUUAAAGUUGACCUGGGCUGCAACACAUCGAAAUCUGAGAGAGUCAAUGGAGGCACAGAAGUGAUUGACCCAUUUGAUCCAGAAAGAUUUGAGACCUUGGACCAGCUCCAAUUUUCCUGCAAAAAUUGGAAACAAAAUAAGACUACAAAAAGUGAAGAAUUCCUUAAAGCCAUGGAUUUAUUAACAAGUGAAACCAAACUAAAAUCCCCCUUACACAAUGAAACUUCAAAUCAGAUGCAUGACAAGGAUAUCUUUUCAAAAGAUCUAACUGAAGUGGUAAGUGUUGGAACAGAUCCUUAUUCUUCAGUGAAGUCUGAAGAAGCCCCUGAUAUUUCAUACACAUUUGAGCCAACACUGAACUCAACCACAUGUGACAGUGACUUUGAAUCAAAUAAGGAACUUGAUGAUCUUGAGGAAAACUUUGCAGAGGCCCUUCAAAUUUCCUCUAUAUAGAGUAGUAGACAAGACCUAGCUGCGGAACAGAGCAGUAGAUGUCUGCGAAGAGCUGACAUUUGUUAAAUAAAUGCUAGUGAAUAGUU